AUGGCACAAUACUAUCCCACUAUCUAUCUUCGUCUCACCCCAGUUUUUGAUCCAGAAGGAGCCGCCACUGGUCUGGUAGUUCGUCUGGAAAUCCAACAUCCCUACGCGCCACAUGGUCAACCACUGCUUCAAUUCAUAACCAGUCAGAAUUAUGUGCCGGGCCCUCCCCUUCGCGAAGUCGACAUCAAUGCCGCAGACGACCAAGGGCCGUUAUGCGUCUCCUUUGUCGAUGGCCCUAGCGACGCGCAUCAAACACAUACUCACUGGCAUCUGUCACGACCGCCGCAGGGGAAUUUGAUCCUCGCCUAUAAAGUCUGGGCCCGUGGAGUUCAUGACUUUGGGCCCCGAGGUACACGGAGAGAUCUCGUCCGGGACCAGAGAGGCCUGACGACUACAGGAAUGGCCAUUCUUCCCCGCUACCUCUCCAACCAGAUGCAUCGGAAUAUCGUUGAAUGGGUUUUGCCUGCGAAUGCGCCCGAGGGGACAAGCUGCGUCUCGACCUUAGGAGACGGUCCGGACCCUGUCAGUCAUGUUGGACACGCCAGCGAGCUCUACAUGGGGGCCUAUAUGGUCGGACCAAUCCGCACCUACCAGAGAUCUAACCCGCCAGAUUGGCUUGGAGAAUUCGGAAUCUGUCACUGGUUUGGGAUCCUUCCAACUAGCAUAUAUCCGCAUAUUUUACGGUACGUUCAGGUGAUGGCCCCAAAGAUGAUGUACUACUUCCGCAAACGAGGGUGCACAUGGCGUGUCUUUCUCUGCAAAGGAACCCGGAGUCGCAGGGGGCUUGCAGUUCACCAUGGUUGUAUCAUCGAAUACAACGAGGAGACCGAUGACCUCUCAGAUUCUCUUUUGACCCAUGUGUUUACUCAUGAGAUGGUGCACAACUUUUCGGACAUGGAUCCAGAGGACGAUGGCUAUGAUAACAGGUGGUUCAAUGAAGGACUCGCUGAUUACUACGCAGCGGUAUUGCCAUAUCGCCUUGGGCUCCGCAGUUAUGAGUACAUGGUCCGCCAUCUGAACCAAGCUUUAGUGGCCUAUUACACCAGCCCUAUGAUGUGUACGGACCUCCAGCGACCUGAGACCGGAGGCUGGUUUGAAACAUUGGCGCCCUACCACCGGGGAUGUGCUUACCUGAUGUGGAUCGACGGCGUGCUUCGCCGGGGACACGACAAAUUGGACCUCAGGAGCACCUGCCAAUUGGAUUACUUUGUCAUCCAAGCGUCUCACAGUCGCCUCCGGCCUCUCCAAAUUCAGGCCAGGAAUUGGAUUUGGCAUCUAGAAAAACAUAUCAACACCCAUCCCCAUUGGAUAUGGGGGCAUUUCUUAGGAAUGCUGGAGGGCAUGCCUCUGGACUUUGGAGAGCUUUUGGGGGGUUGUUCGCCAUAUUCUGUUGCUCCAUACUAUUGCCGCAUUCUGGACUUUGGGUUUGAUGUCGACAGUUUCCCUGGGCCUAUUCGUGGCGUGGUCCAUGAUUCCCAGGCAUGUUGGGUUGGCAUCCAGAAUGGCGAUGUGUUUAUCGGGAUCAGUAACAUUGAUGAGUGUAUACUAGAUUCGGGACAGCGUAUGAGGGGGACGAUUAGACGUGGAGAUAUGAUUUAUAGAAUUGACUAUUUGCCACGGUCGGGGGUGAGGACAUUGUGCUGGCAGGUGCAGAUAUGA